UUGUUCAGAUCUACUUUUCCUUCCACUGGACGAUAUGCUGGACAUUGGCUAGGUGACAAUAGCGCUACAUGGGAGGAUCUUCAGUCAGCAGUGAUUGGUGCGCAGGAAUUCAGCAUGUUUGGCUUCCCGUAUAUAGGCUCUGAUAUUUGCGGCUUUAAUGGAAAUACGACUGAGGAACUGUGUCUGAGAUGGCAGCAGAUGGGAGCAUUUCACACUUUUAUGAGGAAUCACAAUGGCAAAGGUCUUCCACCUCAAGAUCCUGCUCAAUGGAGUUCGGUUACUGAAGCCACCAUCAAAGCUAACCUCUUCCGCUAUAGCUAUUUACCAUACCUCUAUAGCUUGCAUUUCCAAGCCUCUAUGUAUGGAAAAACAGUCAUUCGCCCCGUCUUCUACGAGUUUCCAGAAGACAGCAAAACUCAUGAUCUGGGAUAUGAAUUCCUAUGGGGCAGCUCUAUGCUCAUUGCACCGGUGUUGCAUGAGGGAGCAACAGAAGUCAAAGCCUAUUUGCCCAAAGAUGACUGGUAUUCACUGUUUGAUUACAAAUAUGGCCAGCUCAUCAGUUAUGGUAACCAGACAUUUCCCGCUCCAUGGACUUCACUGAUUCCAGUUCUAGUCAGAGGUACAAGUUCAAAAUUUGGACUGUCUCAUACGGCUAUUUAUGUUACUACAGGUGGCUCGAUACUGCCUCGUCAGAAGCCGGAUGUUACAACGGAAUACACGCGCAAGAAUGCUUUCGAAUUAUUGGUAGCUCCUUCAAGAACUAACGGUAAAACAUUACCUAUUCGCAAAUCAUCGAACAGAAAUUUACGAAAAAGCCAAUAAUG